UUUGUGGGUUAAGCAGCCGAGAUCGGAGACAUUGAACGAGAAAGAAGAAGAAGAAGGAGGAGGAAGAUGUUGAGAACUCGGCUUCUCUGGUUUACGCUUGGGUUUUCCGUCACCGGAGCUUCUAUCGCUCAUCUCGUGUGGCGCGAUCUCUAUGCCGAACGUUUCGCUAUUUCCUCUGAUAUGAAAGAGAAAUUCGGAGCUCUGGAAUCUAGGGUUUCAGGUCUGGAGUCUGGCUCCGGUCACGACAACCCGAGUCCAGCUCAGGAACAAAAGGAAGUCAUAUAAGAGAACAGAUCACAGUAGUCGUAUUCACAUGUAUCGUAUCCCCUGCUAUAAACUUCUGGCUCACAUUGCGUCUUCUUGUAGGUUGAGAGUUGAGACUCAUGGAAGAAGCUUCCAAGUUCAACUCAAUCAAUAACUUGGUCUGAUCUAUAAGAGAGUCUGCCAUCUUGAUUUGAAACUUCAAAGAUACUUUCUUCAAACCAAGUUUCAAAUAGACUUGCCUUAUGUAUCAAGACCCCUUUUUUUUUUAAAGCUAUACUUUGCAUUUGUGUUACAAAAAUCAUCCUGGCUUUCUUAUAUAUUACAAAGAAAUAAUAAGAGUAACAUUCGUUUC